AUGACGAUCACCCCCAACAAGGACUUCAAGUUCUCGAGGCAACGUGUCAAGCGCUGGGAUCCACGGAACACAUCCUCGCCUCCACAACUCGUCAGAAAACGCGUUCUCCUGAACUCGACUCUCGUCCCCACCUCAAACAUGCAGACUGGCCCCCUACCUUCGCCUGAACAGAAUGAACGAAUUCAGAUUGUGAAUGAAGAUAAAGAAUUCACAAAGGAGCUGAACCAGCAGAUAACGCGAUGGGGCCUCGGAGAUGCAGGAUUCGGGUACAAUCUCGUAUCAGUCUUUGGGUCUCAAUCGACUGGAAAAUCGACGCUCUUGAAUCGUGUAUUUGGGACCACUUUUGACGUCAUGAACGAGACACAACGAAGACAGACGACCAAAGGGAUUUGGAUGUGCCGAGGUCAGAAUAUGAACGUGAUGGUCAUGGACGUCGAGGGGACCGAUGGUCGAGAACGCGGAGAAGAUCAAGAUUUCGAGCGCAAAUCCGCCCUGUUCUCGCUCGCUUCUUCCGAGGUACUUAUUGUCAAUUUGUGGGAGCAUCAGGUUGGGUUGUACCAGGGCGCAAAUAUGGGUCUUCUCAAGACCGUAUUCGAGGUCAAUCUGAGCUUAUUUGGCAAAUCUGGGUCAUCACAAAAAACAAUGCUCCUCUUCGUCAUCCGUGACCACAUUGGUGCAACUCCACUUGCUAAUCUUUCAGCAACCCUGCAAGCUGACAUGCAAAAGAUCUGGGAUGCCCUUGCCAAGGCAUGCCUUGGUAAUGCCCUCCUCACAGACUACUUCGAUCUUACCUUUACUACUCUCCCACACAAACUCUUACAACCCGACAAAUUCGAAGAAGAUGUCGUCAAACUGCGAACGCGCUUCACAGACCGAACCAAGGAGGAUUUUGUAUUCAAACCUGCAUAUCACAAACGUAUCCCAGCUGAUGGCGUGGCGCAUUACAUGGAAGGUAUCUGGGAACAAGUUCAAACGAACAAAGAUCUUGAUCUUCCCACUCAACAAGAACUCUUGGCCCAAUUCCGAUGUGAUGAAAUCGCCGCUGUAGCAAUUGGUGAAUUCGAUACCGAAUCUAAGUCGACUCGCCGCCCGAUCGAAAGUGGCAAGGUUGUCGAAGGAUUGGGUAAAAUGAUGGGGAGUUGGAAAGGGAACGCUUUGGCCCGAUUCGAUCGCGAUGCCUCUCGAUACCAUGCUGGUGUAUAUCAGCGCAAACGGGCGGACCUUCUCAUCCAACUCGAUACCAAGCUUGGUCCGUUGUUCCUGGGUCAAGUUAAGAACUUGCACAGGACCAGCCUAAGCUUAUUCAAGAAAGAAGUAUUGGAUGGUGUCAAGGUCGAGGGAUACAGCUUUGCAGAAGUCGUGGGAGGGGCCCGGGAGAAAUGGGAAGGGAGGUUCAGGGAAGGGGCUGCUGAGGCCUUGCUUCCCGAGACCGACUGGUCCUACGACGAGGAACUUGCAUCACUUCAGCAAGAAUUCGGCACUGUCGCCGAUCAGCUGAGAGCGGAUGAGACGAAGAAGAUGAUUAAUUCAAUCGAGAGGUCCGUCAAGAGGAAUAUCGCUGAGCCAGUUGCGCUGCACCUCAACAAACCGAGAAUGGAUAUGUGGGACAAACUGCUCAAGGAAUUUAAGGAAAUGCUGGACAAGGCGGAAAAAACGUACAUUGUCAAGGCCAAGAGCUUUAAUACCACUGACGAAGAAAACGAGACUGCCCUCGCUGCCCUUCGCAAGCGCACCUGGCUCGCCUUCCGCGCCAAAGUGGAUGAGCAAACUGCGGACAAUGUUCUCAUGGGCAUACUUCGUACGCACUUCGAGGAGAAGUUCAGAUAUGACGCAGCUGGCGUUCCGCGAGUUUGGAGACCAGACGACGAUAUCGACGGAGCAUUCCGAAUGGCACGAGAUGAUACCUUGAAAUACAUCCCUGUUUAUGCUAAAAUCCAACCUCAAAAUUCUGAACUCGAGUUCUCUCUGCCAUCAGAUACUGAUAGUGACACACUUACAACCGACCAAGAAUUCGACUUUGCGGCAUCCCUCGUCGUGCUUCCGGCAACGAAGCAAGCUGAAUUCAACGCCCGAUUUAGGCGAGACGCGGACGCCUACUACGUCGAAGCCAAGCGAAGCACGGUCUCAUCCAUUGCACAGAUUCCUGUGUGGAUGUACGGCGUUCUCGUCAUCCUCGGCUGGAACGAGGCGAUGUUUAUUCUUUUCAACCCGCUCUAUUUUGCAUUGCUUGUCAUGGCACUCGCAUCAGCAUGGAUUGUAUUCCAGCUGAAUAUGGCGGGGCCUUUGUUGGCUGUUUUGCGAACCGUUAGUGGAGAGGUUCAACGACAAGCAACCGACCGCCUGCGAGAACACUUCCGAGAGCCCGUCGCUGUCCAAAACGGCAAGCCUCACAUGUCCCGCCAAAGCACCGCCGUCAGGACGGGAUCAUACAACUCGACCCGAACCCAGUCUUACAACGGCACCCCGACCACGGAGAAGGCGGAAUUCACAGAACUGCAGGAGAUGUAG